AUAUUACUGUAGGUCCGUUGGUAUAUUUUAUGGCGUUCUUUUCUCGUUCUGUUUUCUGGAAUUGCAAGAAUUGAAAUUAAAACAUUUUGAAACAUUAAGAAUACUUGGAAAUAGGAAACAAACAAUAAUGAAUCACCUGAAAUGGAUGGGACACUCGUCCACAAUAAUGGACCUACAACGUUCCCUGCGCAACGAUGUCCACACAUGCGAGGUUGUGCUGGCCGCCAAAGACGGCUUCAGUGUUCGUGCCCAUUCAUUCGUGCUCAGCACAUGCAGCGAUCUGAUGCGAAAUCUCCUGGUGGAUGUCCCACCGGGCCAUGAGGCCACCAUAGUGCUGCCCGAUAUCCGAGGGGAACUGCUGGAAAGCAUGUUGUCGUUCAUCUACAUGGGCGAAACGGGGCUGCCCUCGGUGCUGCUCAGCGAGUUUCUGGAGGCCAUCAACCUAUUGGGCAUCAAGUCCGCAAUUAGCUUCGAGUGCAAUCCCUCCUCCAACGUGGACGUAGGCGCUGGCGCUUUGGCCGUGGAGGCAGCAAAAUCAAUCAGCGGCCUGCAAAUCGCCCAGGCCGAGCUGAUUGACGAAGAGGAGGAGGGACAGGCACAGAUGGCUGUGGCAGCCGCAGUCAUGGCCGAGGAGCAGCCAGCAGCACACACCAGCCGUCCGCUGGACUUUCUCGAUGUGUACAACGAGACGCCAAAGAUCACGUACUCCAUCGAGCACAUGGGCGGCCACUCGAGCGGCAAUCAGUUUAUUCUAACCGAGAACACGGGAGCAUUUACAAUCACACAGUCGGCGACCAGCUUGUCCAAGCUGGAGACCUCCGAAACUGCGGCCAGUGUCGGCGAUGUGGACAUGAUGGAGGAUGACGCGGAAGCAGACACAACCGAAGAGGAGCCGGAAAACCAAAUACUCGAGGAGGAAUAUCCCUCAGAUCCCUUGAUCGAGAUGACAGGCGGCGGAGAUCUGGAAGACGAUGAUAUGCAUGAGGAUCUGGUGGAUGAGGACAUGCUGGAUAUAAAGCCGCGCAAGCUGGCGGUGGCCAAGCCAAGAGGCCGACGCCCCAAUCGAACAAAGAUCAUGAAGCGAGCUCCGCCCAGACAGCAGCCACAGUUUCUGACCCUCAAGCACGAGGGCAAGGAUGACAUUAACGAUGCCCUGGAUCUCGCGGCCGAUGCCGUCAUAAUCGAGGGUCUCAGCCUGCAGAAGGCUGCCGAUCGCUAUGAUAUCUCGAAGACUGUCUUGUGGCGUCGUGUGCGCACCAAUCCCGCGUACAUGCGAAGCACCCGCGAGAGGCCAUCGUUGUCGGAGGCGUACGAAAGACUCAAAACCGGUGACUCACUAAAGAACAUCAGUCAGGAUCUCGGCAUACCCAUGUCCACACUACAUAGACACAAAGUUCGACUGUCGGCGCAGGGACGCCUGCCAGACUUUGUCGCCUGCCGCCGCCGUGACACCACCCCCAAGGACGAGCUUCGCGAGAAACUGGCCAAGGCCGUCCAUGCCUGCCUCAACGAGGGUAUGUCGCAGAACCAUGCGGCGAAUCUCUUCGAAAUACCCAAGAGCACGCUCUGGCGUCACCUGCAGCGUAAGAUGUCCGGUGCGGACCGCAAAGUCAAGAAGGAGGAACAGGAUGACUAUGAAGAGGAGAUUCUGAACUAGAACUAAAGAUAUUAGAGUAUUUAGCUAUCGUUUAAGAGUGUACACCUAGGCUACUACCAGUUAAGUUAUUUCACAUAACAUUAAACAAAAGUUCAAACCACUCGA